GGGGGGGGGGGGAAUGAAAAUCCCGAAAGGGAACGCGGAUCUGGAGUCGAGGGAACCAGAGCCGAGCCGAGAGCCAAGGAGGAGGAGGGAGAAAACCAGGGGAGUGCGAUUCUGCCAGCGGUGUCCGAGCGAUGGUGAAGUGGGCACGCAAGGGCAGAGCACAUCAUCCGGGGCAGAGCGAAACUGUGGCCCCAUCGCGUAGGCGUACGGAUCCCAACUAGGCCGGAGCGACGGGAGGGAACAGCGCGGAGCUGAACGGAACCGCUGUUGAGUAGAACCCCCCCACACACAUCACCACCAUCACCACCAUCACCCCACGUCCACAACACCGGCGGGCAGAGUUACCGGGGAAACGAAGAUCCCGAGUUUGUGAGAAGCGGGAACCACGCGGAAAACGGAACCAGAUUCCGAACCAGAGCGAAUCCGGUGGGGAGUUGGGGGAGUUGGGGGACCUUGGAGAGAGGCGAGCGAGACUCCAAAGCCAGAGAGAGAGACCCCCAGAGUAGCAGCGAGACUCCCCGCAAUGUCUCCCCUCUUCCUCCUGCGCCUCGGCCUGCUCGCGGGCCUCGUGUGCGCGACCGUGAGCGGCCAGGGCCACGGGCACUCGCACGGUGGACAAGCCGGACACGGGCACACUCACGGUGGACAAGCCGGACACGUGCACACUCACGGUGGACAAGCCGGACACGGGCACACUCACGGUGGACAAGCCGGACACGGGCACUCGCACGGUGGACAAGCCGGGCACGGGCACACUCACGGUGGACAAGCCGGGCACGGGCACUCGCACGGUGGACAAGCCGGGCACACUCACGGUGGACAAGCCGGACACGGGCACACUCACGGGCCCGGCGGAGGCUGCCCUCACGGCCACGGGCCUACCAACCCGGCCGAUAAGUACCACCAGAAGCACUACGAGACGGCCAAGACUCAGCAGCAGCAGCAGGGGCAGCAAGAGGAGAUGGAGCUCCACGGGACUGAGAGGAGAGACGCGGCGACCGUGUGGAUGCAGGCCCUGGGCGCCACGCUGCUGAUCUCCGCCGCGCCGUUCCUCAUACUCUUCCUGGUGCCGCUCGACUCGGACUCGGCGCGUCGCUCCUCGCUGCUGCACACGCUGCUCAGCUUCGCCUCGGGGGGACUCCUCGGAGACGCCUUCCUCCACCUCAUCCCCCACGCCAUCGAGCCGCACUCUCACCACUCGGAGUCCGGACACGGACACGGACACGGCGAGACGCACAACCAGGGACACGGACACAGCCACGGCCCUGGCUCGCACCUCAUGUCCGUGGGCCUCUGGGUUCUGUGCGGAAUCAUCGUCUUCCUCUCCGUGGAGAUGUUCGUGAGACACAUCAAAGGGAGCCAUGGACACGGCCACAGUCACGGUCACGCUCACGUCGAGAAACGAGAGAAGGGAGCGAAGAAAUCGGAUAAAGGGGACGGGGAGGGGGAGGUGGUGGAGGGGGAGGAGGUGGUGGAGGGGAAGGAGGUGGUGGAGGGGGAGGUGGAGGGGGUGCGGAGGAGACGCCCGGACCCAGCCAGCCCCCAGGAGGGGGAGGUGGCUCCUGCAGACGGGGGCCAGGGGGGGGCCCAGGAGGGAGGGGCUGAGAAGAGGGAGGAGGAGCCCAAACGAGAGCUGCAGGUGUCGGGCUACCUGAACCUGGCAGCGGACGUGACGCACAACUUCACGGACGGCCUGGCGAUCGGGGCCUCCUUCCUGGUGGGGCCCAACGUGGGCGUGGUGACGACGCUCACCAUCCUGCUGCACGAGAUCCCCCACGAGAUCGGCGACUUCGCCAUCCUCCUGCAGUCGGGCUGCACCAAGAGACAGGCCAUGUGGCUGCAGCUGUUGACGGCGGUGGGCGCCCUGGCGGGCACGGCGUGCUCGCUGCUGGCGGAAGGGGCUGGCGAGGCGGCCUCUGCGUGGGUGCUGCCUUUCACUGCGGGCGGCUUCAUCUACAUCGCCACCGUCUCCAUCCUGCCCGAGCUGCUGGGCCGAGCCGCGCCCCUCGCUCAGUCCGCCCGACAACUCGUCGCCAUGCUCACCGGCGUCGCCAUGAUGGUGCUCAUCGCCGCGUUCGAGUAAUGCGGCGGUGUGGGGGGGGAUGUGAGGAUGGGGGGGGGGGUGCUGGGGUGAUGCGAGGAGGAUGCCCGUGAAUGGGGAGAGGAGUAUCAAUGGCCGUGAUGUGGGCGGGGAGAGGAUGGGAGUGAUGGGCGAGUGAUGGAGGGGAUGGAGCCAUGGUGGGGUGAGGGGGUGGAGGGGGCAGGAGUGAUGAUGAGAGGAUGGAGAGGGUGUGUUGAGAGAGUGGCGGUCUCCGAGGGGUGUUGUCUGUGGCUGUAACGGAGUGCAAGUGUCGGUGUGUAGGGUGUGUGUCCGUGCUCCCGUGUGUCCUUGUAUUGGGUGUCUGUCUGUCACAAAGUGGAUUCUCAUCAUUCCAUAGUUAAAUGUGUGUAUGUGUGACUCUGGGUUUGUGUUUGUGUGCACAUGUCUGGGUGAGUGUGUGUAUCUGCGAGUGUCCGUGUGAGUCUGCAUGUGACUUUGUAUGAUCUGCAAUCUCUUUUAAUUCAAACGCUCCGCGUGUGGGAGACGGUAUGAAUUUGUCCGAGCGUUUCCGUGCGUGUCAGUGUGUUGGGGAGCGGUGGCGCACCGGUUAGCGCACUGCACUACGAUAUGAGCGAACCGAGUUCAAUUCCCGGACCACAGCUGACAAGGUCAGCGAGUGACAUUUGCACCCGGCUCAAGGCUUUACCCCCCCUAGGUCGACUCGGCCUUAAACGAGUGCCUGGUGCAGCGUGCACACGUCAGCACUGGGGGAGACAAAGGCGGCCGUGUAUAAUGCUGGCCACAAUACCCCCCCCCUCCUGUGCCGUGUCGGCCUCCAUAAGUCGCUCGUUAACAUCGCUUGCCCCAACAGUCUGUAGAGGCUACAUGGGGGACCUGUGUGUGUGUGUGUCGGUGUGGGUGGACUAACACAAGGGGUGCGUGUGUGUGCGUCAACACACACCACAGGUUUACACACCCGCGCAUGCUCUACACGUACACACACCCGCACAACGUUACACGGUCUCCUAUAUCAUGUGAAUGCCUGAUCUGUAACGAGGCCCCAGUUUACGCGAAUAAAUCUCCACGCAAUUUUG